AUGCCGCUCAUUCUCGACGACAGCAAUCCCACGCCCUCGGGCACCGAUCCUACGGCCCAGGGCCCCUUCCGCGACGAGCAGGACCGGCGGCGGCGCGUCCACCACGAUGCUGACGUUGUCAUCAUCGGCGCAGGCGUCUUCGGCUCGGCCGCCGCCGUCGCCAUGGCGCGCCAGGGCCGCUCCGUCAUCCUGCUCGAGAAGUCGCUCAAGGAGCCCGACCGAAUUGUCGGCGAGCUGCUGCAGCCCGGCGGCGUGCAGGCUCUGCGCGAGCUUGGUCUCGAGCACUGCAUGAGCGGCAUCGACGCCAUCCCGUGUUUCGGCUACGACGUCGUCUAUUACGGCACCGGAGUGGGCAUUCCCUAUCCCAAGGAGGUGGUCAAGGAGGGCAAGGGCGAUGGCAAGAGGCCGCAGGGCAAAGGGUUCCACCACGGGAGGUUCAUACAGAAGUUGAGGGAGGCGGCCAUGAAGGAGCCGAACGUGACGGUCGUCGAGACUGAGGCGAAGGAUCUGGUGCGCAAUGGCUGGACCGGGCAGGUGCUGGGCGUCGAGUGCUCGACCAAGGGAGAGAAGGACUACUACUUCGGACACAUCACUCUUGUCGCUGACGGCUACGCGUCCAAAUUCCGCAAGUCGAACCACCCGCACCGCCCGGAGGUCCGCAGCAAGUUCUUCGCGCUCGAGCUGAUCGAUGCCGAGCUGCCCAUGCCUGGCCACGGCCACGUUAUCCUGACAGAGGGCCCGCCCGUCCUGCUCUACCAGAUUGGCACUCACGAGACGCGCGCCCUCAUCGACAUUCCGGACGGCCUGCCUUCGGCCUCGGUCAAGAACGGCGGCGUCAAGAACCACCUGGAGAACGUAGUGCUGCCGAGCCUGCCCAAGUGUGUGCAGCCGAGCUUCGAGGCCGCCAUGCGCGCAGGUAAGCUGCGCUCCAUGCCGAACUCGUUCCUGCCGCCCGCCACGAACCGCACUCCUGGUCUGGUCAUUGCAGGUGACGCGUUGAACAUGCGCCAUCCAUUGACGGGUGGCGGUAUGACCGUGGCCUUCAAUGAUGUUGUGCUACUGGCGGAGCUGCUGCACCCCAACAACGUCCCCAGCCUGGCGGACCACAGGCUCGUGCUCAAGCAGAUGAAGGCCUUCCACUGGCGCCGGAAGAACUGGGCCGCUGUCAUCAACAUCCUCGCGUUGGCACUGUACGCGCUGUUCGCCGCUGAUGACCCGAACCUGAAGGCCCUCCAACUCGGCUGCUUCCGCUACUUCCAGCGCGGCGGCAACUGCAUUGACGGUCCCGUUGGUCUCCUCGCCGGUAUUAUUCGCCAACCGCUCAUACUCUUCUACCACUUCUUUUCCGUCGCCGUUUACGCCAUCUGGAUCCGCGUUGCGGAAGCGCCGCUCGUACGGAAGCCCUGGGCGUUGGUCAGCAGCGUCGCUGUCUUCUGGACUGCCUGCAGAGUCAUCUUCCCCUACAUCUGGUGCGAAUUGCGGCCGUGA